AAAGGCCAGUAAAGGAGAGAGACCAGCACAUCCGGCCUAACUCCAGACGUCCAGGAAACAAAGACACCUGUCAGAGCAGGCUAGCAGCUAAGCUGUAUCCUCACUGCUUCACCUAGCCAUGUCCUUCAGUGCCACCAUCCUCUUCUCCCCACCCAGUGGCAGUGAGGCCCGGUGCUGCUGCUGUGCCUGCAAGAACGAGGGCAGUGGGGGCAGCACAGGCUCCCAGGGUGGGAAUACGCCUGGUGGCACCCCCAUCACCGUAACAGGACAUGGCCUGGCAGUGCAGAGCUCGGAGCAGCUCCUGCACAUCAUCUACCAGCGCGUGGAUAAGGCUGUGGGCCUGGCCGAGGCUGCUCUGGGCCUUGCCAAGGCUAACAAUGAAUUAUUGAAACGACUCCAAGACGAAGUAGGGGAGCUGAAGCAAGGGAAAGGGCCAGCUCCGGAGGCAGAGGGGGACGAUCGAGCCCACAGUUCCCCACUGGAGGAGCCUGGGCCACUCAAGGAGAGCACAGGGGCUCCCUGCAAGGCCUUGUCUACGACAGUGGAAGAGGAGUGUGACAGCGUGGGUAGUGGUGUGCAGGUGGUCAUCGAGGAACUGAGACAGCUGGGAGCAGCCUCAGCCGUGGGACCUGGGCCUUUGGGCUUCCCUGGUGCCCAGAGGGACCUGCGACUCCCAGGGUGCCCCCUGGCUGCCAGCGAUGGGCCCCCACUGCUCAAUUCUUUGGUGGAUGAUUAUGUGGCCUCCGAGGGCACAGUACAGCGGGUGCUGGUCCCCGCUUAUGCCAAGCAGCUCUCACCAGCCACCCAGUUGGCCAUCCAGCGGGCUGCCUCAGAGACAGGACCCGAAAAUGGCACCAAGCUAGUGGCACCCCGCCCUGAGGAAAUGCUCACUGCUGCUGUUGUGCUGGAUGGUGCUUUGGAUGACUCAGGUCCAGGGGGACCUGCAGAUCCAAGACAGUCUCUCGGGUUUGCCAUGUCCCCCUGCAGGAACAGAGCGAGUGGGCAGAAGAACGCCAGGCGUAAGCGGGAUCUGGUACUUUCUAAAUUGGUCCACAAUGUGCAUAACCACAUCACCAAUGACAAGCGAUUCAAUGGGUCUGAAAGUAUCAAAUCCUCUUGGAAUAUUUCAGUAGUGAAGUUCCUUCUGGAAAAACUCAAGCAGCAACUGGUGACCAGUCCCCUCAAUUAUACUGAUAAAGAGCUAAAAGGAGCCUGUGUGGCCUACUUCCUUACCAAGAGGCGAGAGUACCGCAACUCCCUGAACCCUUUUAAAGGCCUGAAGGAAAAAGAAGAUAAGAAACUUCGCAGCCGCAGAUACCGGCUUUUUGCUAACCGGUCCAGUAUAAUGAGGCAUUUUGGGCCUGAGGACCAGCGUCUAUGGAAGGAUGUGACAGAAGAGCUGAUGUCAGAUGAGGAGGAUAGUCUGAAUGAACCAGGUGUUUGGGUGGCACGGCCGCCCCGCUUCCGGGCUCAGCGCCUCACAGAGCUCUGCUACCACCUGGAUGCCAACUCGAAGCACGGUGCUAAGGCCAACCGUGUAUAUGGGCCUCCCUCAGACCGACUACCAUCGGCGGAAGCCCAGCUUCUUCCACCAGAACUUUAUAAUCCUAAUUUCCAAGAAGAGGAAGAUGAAGGAGGUGAAGAGAAUGUACCUGUUUCCCCAUCUUUUGAUGCACCCCACAAAACCUGCUGUCCUGACUUGAACUCCUUCAUUGAAGUCAAGGUAGAAAAGGACGAGUGAAAUCUGUAAUACAGAUUUCCUCUAGGCCUCAGAAACGGUGGUGUAUUGUCAUAGUGGCUGUGGUCUGAGAAAGGAGCUCUGCCUCUGUUAACACAGUCCCCAUUGCAAGUGGAAGCUGACAGCACUGACAGGAUUUAAAAAAAAAAAAAGGACUUAUCUAGGAGAGAAAACUCCUCCACUGUGAAUGACAAACUAGAAAACGCUUAUUCCUAAGAAUAAACAGUGCCUCGGAAGAACUGA